AUGAUGAAUUCAAUGCAAGAAUACACAACGUCGAUAGUAUUCUCGUGCGUAGGAGUCCUUGCCUUCGCCACUUGCGUUGUCUUUGGCAUAUGGUGCCACAAGAUCUGGCUCACCUACGGCUUCUACGUUGCCGAUUUCAAGAAGUUCGAUACCGAACUUCGUCAAAUAUCUUCAGAAGCGACGCAGAUGAGAAAGGACGUCGAACUAGACCAUACUGCCGACUGUCUGACCAAAGUCCGGAACGCGGAACUACUCUCGGCUGCAGACGAUUGCGAUAAUGGAUUGAGAAUUGCGCUGUGUGCAUGGGAAGAUAUCAUGGAGCCUGAAGAAUGGAAAUUGGAUAUCGAGAGCAAAGGGGACAAGAUGAUAAAAGGGAGGAGAAGAAGUCAUGGACGGUUCGUGAUUCGGUUGAUGAGGCAGAAAUGUAUAGAAGGACUUGCGAAGAGGAAAGGCAUGGAAAAGGAAUUGCAAUCGAUGUACAACGAAGUCAUGUCGCGGAAGAUCGACUUGCAGUCCAACUUGUUCAAUCGACGGAUCGCUAGCGGACAUGAAAUCAGAGCUGAGCGAACCGUCUUGCAACCCGAGCGUCACCGAGGUCCGUCUCAUGUGCCGCCUAAAGUUCAGUCCUCACUCGAACCGAUCGUUCCGAAUAGCCUCAGUGCGCUGUCACUACCAACGACCACAAGGAAAUCGAGUUGUCCAGUACCUGAUAUUGAGGGGCUGAGGGUGUAUACAAAGAUUGAGGGUUGA